AUGCCGCUGGGUGAGCAUGUGAAAGAGGUCAAGAUCAAAAGAGGGGAGGAGCGCCUGGACCGCCGGAGCGGAACGGGCCAUCGGCACAGCGGAACGGGCUUUCCCGACGGGCCCCGGAAGGGGGGAGUGCAUGGGUGGGGAGUACCCGGCGAAGAGGAGAUGCGACCCGUCGUGGAGGUCCUCGACAAGAAUGAUCCGAACUAUGAACCGAAUGAGGGGGCCGCACACCAGGAGAGGGGCGUUCCACCAGUCGAAGAAGCCAGGAAUGAAACAGGACAGCCUCCAAGCCCCGUCGAGAAACAGAUUCGCAAGGUCACCUUAGAAUAG